CGAAACAGCCGGCGCGUGAAGCACCCACAAAGGACAUCGCUGGUUUUGGUGGCUGGUCCCGAGCUUUCGGGUGCAGAUGGCUCUUGGGCGUGUCGCUAUCGGGGUGUCCUAUCGCAACCAUCCGGUCGCCCUCGCUGGUCGUCGCUGUCGGGGAGUGUUUGGUGGCUGCUUCUUCUGUCUCGCUCCGAGCCGCUUCUUCUGUCUUGCUCCAAAGCUGCGUGAUUUGGCCGCUAUGCUGGGGAUUCCGCUCGAGCGCUUCGACACAAACGACACCGUCUUCUCGGACCCGCUGUUUGAUACGGUCCAGGCCGACCGUCCCGAGCACCGUCCGUCGGUUGCAUGGAUCUGGGGCCAUUCGAACAGCGAUGCCUCAGCACCUGCCGUAGACGAGAACCUCGUUUCGCCAAGCACUACGGUGCAGAAUGCAGACGACGUUGCCAUCCAAGACGAAGCUGGAUCCGUUCGGUCGACAGUUCGCAGCCGCCGUCGCCUGUCCAGCUUGGUCGCCGUCGAUGGAGAGCCGUCGAGUGCUCACUCGAACAGCAAGGAGCUUCUGCCUCUCAUCGAGAGCGAGCCGACGGUUUCCUUCAAGCUGCUUGUCGACCGCCUUCUGCACAACCGCAAGACAUGGUGGCCGAGCCGUCUGCUUCAGACCCUCUUUGUGUUGGCCUUGUGGGCCUCCGUCGUUACUCUCUGUCUGACCACCGUCUAUGCGGUCGUCAAAGACCCCCGCAGCCAGUCGAUCCUGUUCGCCAUCGACUGUGUAUGCACCACGAUUUUCAUCCUGGAGCUGGUGCUGAAUCUGGCGGUCGUGCGGUCAUGGGCCGAUAUCUUCCAGUGGGCCAGGUUUGCCGACAUGGUGUCCAUCAUCCCUUUCUGCGUCGAGAUCGUUGUGGCGCUGGUAACGGGACAGAGCCCUGUGGAGUUCUGCUAUGGCUGGACAUCGAACAACCCCGUCCGGCCCUUCCGCAUCAUGCGGGUCACCAAGUUCUUCAUCGUCUCGUCCAAGCUCGAAUUCCUGGUCCAGGCUCUCUACAAUUCGCGUGAUGGCAUCCUUGCGCUGUUCUACGUGCUGCCCAUCAUCAUCCUCUUCUUCGGAACGCUCGUCUACUACAGCGACAACCUUCAGUCGUUCCAGCAGGACGGGAUCUGGUACUAUAGCAACGGCCAGCCCGCAUACUUUCAGUCAAUCCCCAAUACCUUCUGGUUUCUUAUCGUGACUCUGACGACCAUCGGGUAUGGCGAUGUAGUUCCGCCCACCCUGCCCGGCAAGCUUGCCACCACUGGGGCCAUGGUCGCCUCGCUCUUUGUUGUGGCCUUCCCUCUCACCAUGAUCACAACGCAGUAUACCGUCGUCGUUCGACGCUUCAAUCAGAAGCAGAGGCAGAAGCGGGCCGAGAUGAACCAGCGGCUCGAGGCCCAGCUGAGGGCAUUGGCUCAGGGUCAGCUGCCCUAUCAGCGGCAGAACCCUCAGAAUAAGACCGAGCCCGCACCCUUGCGGCAGGUCAAGACAACAGGAUCCGAUACCAGCCUCGACGACCAUUCGCUGUCGCACCAGCAAUCUGAAGGCUCGGCGACUCGGUAUCCGCCGGAUACUGAAGCAGGCACUUCAUGGACUGGCUCGAAAGAUGCGUCGCAGCAAACACACCUAUCGCCACCACGGCAUCCUUUCCAUUAUCCACAGCUCCUCACAGCCCUGGCUCAGAGCUCGCUCAAGCAUCUGAACCAUGGAGCGACUGUCGAUCCGACCGUUACGUAUCCAGCCCAGAUCGAGCAUGGACGCACCGAGACAGCAUCCCCGCAUCUGCCAUGUGCCCGAUGUGUGGAAGAAGCUAUGGUGCAGCGCCUCGAUGCCGUCGAUGCCCCAGCCAAGGUCCACCUGAGGGUCGCCGAAUGGUCUCACCACGUCAGUCCGGCAGACGAGGAUGUUUUAACGAUGCGCAUCAAUAUCUCGGACCCCAACCAGUAUCGCAAGCUGAUGAGAUUCCUUGCGGACCUUUGAUCCAUAGCCGAGCGUUGCGGCGUCGGCAUUUCGCUGGCCGUGCUGCCGACAGCGUUCGUUGAUCGGGAUACUCGGCCAUCAUGACCGGGGCAGCUUGUAUUAUUCCCCUCCUCUGAAUCUUGAAUAUACACACGCCCGUCCAUCC